CGAGCCACGGGCGCAGACCUGCCCAGUAAAUACGAGGCUUCCGUUCCCCUGUGUACGUUUUGUCGAAAGAGUGCGCAGUAAAAGGAAGGAACAACAGUCUUGUUUCGUACGGCGUUCCGUGUCACCGGCGUGUCCAUCAUGCCGUUGAGUAUUAAGGUUAACCUAAGGGUGACCGGACACUGUAAUCAGGGCGGUCGAAAGUACAUGGAGGACAUGUUCAGCGUGGCCUUUCAAUCGACAUCGGAUGACAAGGAUUUGGAAUAUGCAUUCUUCGGGAUAUUCGACGGUCACGGAGGCGGUGAAGCGGCCACCUUCGCCAAGGAACACUUGAUGAACGUAAUUGUAAAGCAGAAGAACUUUUGGAGUGAUCGUGACGAGGAUGUGUUGCGAGCCAUCAGAGACGGAUACGUGAACACACACUAUGCGAUGUGGCGGGAGCUUGAGAAGUGGCCAAGAACCGCAUCUGGACUACCAUCUACGGCGGGGACCACGGCUAGCAUAGCCUUCAUUCGCAAAGGCAAGAUUUACAUUGGCCAUGUAGGAGAUUCUGGGAUUAUAUUGGGUUAUCAAGUAGAUGGUGAUCCACAGUGGCGAGCUAAAGCAUUAACCAAGGACCAUAAACCAGAAAGUGGACCUGAAAUGAUAAGGAUACGUGAGUCUGGUGGUAAAGUUAUUAGCAAGUCUGGAGUUCCAAGAGUUGUUUGGAACAGACCUCGUAUAGGACAUAAAGGACCGGUUCGAAGAUCAACUCACAUAGACGAAAUUCCUUUUCUUGCUGUUGCUAGAUCUUUAGGUGAUCUUUGGAGUUAUAAUUCUGAAUUAGAUACAUUUGUUGUAUCUCCAGAACCAGAUGUUAAAGUAGUUGCAAUUGAUGUUGAAUCACAUCGUUGCCUUAUUUUUGGAACAGAUGGUUUAUGGAACAUGUUAACACCACAAGCUGCAGUGGCUAUUGUUCAAGCUGCAGAUAGACAUAAUGAAAAACAUUUAAUUGCUUCUCAACAAACAUGUAAUGGGCAAGCUGAUAAUGUUCAACUCUGGAUAAACCCCUCAAAAAGCCUAGUGGAUAGAGCAUUAGAAAGGUGGUCAUCAAAGAGGCUACGUGCUGAUAAUACAAGUGUGGUAACAUUAAUGCUGGACCCACCAGGUCCAUCUCGCAGCGAGGUUUUAUUGAGUCAAAAGGAAUGCGUUUUAACACACCAUACUAUCCACACACCAGCACCUACAAUUGCUUCUGAAAAUUCAGAAAAACCUAACUGUAGUCCAGUCACUCCAAGCAUACCAAGACCUUCUCCAAUAAUAAACCAUAACGUUGAUCUUGCUAGACCUGAUUUUUUAAACGAAAUUGAAGAGAAUAAAACAGAAUCAAAAACAGAGAAUGUACCGGUUAUAGAAAAAAUUGACGAAAAUGUCGAUAUAAAUGAUAAAUCAAAAGAUGAAACGCACAUAAGUAUCGUGGAGACUUCUAUAGAAGAAAAUGUUCAAGUCACAGAAACAUCUACUGGAACAGUAGAAAAAGCUGUAGAAGUAGAUAGUUACGAAUCGGAACCAAUUCCAGUGGAAGAGAAUAAAAAUCUCGAAGACCAGUCGACUUAUCAAUCAGCGGAAGUCGAAAAUAAAAAUGAUCCUAACAUUUCAAAUGUGAUACACCAAAGUGCAUUUUCUAGUGAAUGUGAUGAAUCGUCCACGACUGUUAACGUGGACAACAAUGAAAAUACCUCGGAGGAUAUUAUCUGUAACGAGAACAAAGCAAAAAGUAACGUAUUAAACGGAUCACGUCACAAGAAGCAGCCGCAUGCAUUGUUCCCUACUUUGAGAACGGAGGUGAGAAGCUGUAGGAGGCACAGCCUGAAUACACAUUCGCGUAACACCCUGGUGAAUUCAGGUUCAUUAGAAGCGAAGACAUACGUAAAUUCUAGACUUAAGCCGCGUAGUACAAAAGUGUCUGUGAAGGGUAGUACGGUAGAGGAGGGUGUGAGAAACUCGACGAGUAAAACGAGCGGUAGUGCUAUUGGUACUAAACGAAGACAUAGUACAAUUUCACAGAGUGUAGUUAACGUGGAGGAAUCAUGCGUGUUACAAGAGCCCUGUAUUAAGAGGAGAACGCGUUCCGAAGAUCGACCUAACCCCGUUGACGAGAAUGAUCCAGCAAAUCAGACCACAAAAGAUGCCAGUAGUAGUUUGAGCUGGCCUGGCGCAGAGUCUAACAUAACCCGUUCUACCACUGGUGCUACCACUGUACCUGUACAGGAAAGACUGUCUUCAUUAAAUACCUUCCAAAGAAACCUGGGAAAAAAAGCGACGCCGGUGAAGGCGAUCAGAAGAAGUUCUGUCAAAGGUCUAUUACAAAAAUUGUGGGCUGCUAGACUUGGUGCAAGAGAGUGGGAUCAGGGGAGAAGUAAUCGAUCAACAAAUUGUAACGAGCGAAGGAUAAAUCAAACUGUGUCUAUUAUAGGUUCUCCGGAUAGCACAACUAUUCCGCAACGUUGGCUCAGGUCGGAUACCAUCGCGGCGACACCUGUAAAAACACUACGUUCACGUAAUGUAGACAUAACUGGUCACACGAUAUCUGCACAAUUAGUACAUCAGUACGGAAUAGUAAAGCAAAGUCGACUAUCUUUGCCGAGUAAAUUAAAGCAGUCUAGUAAUAAUGGAUUUCUGCAGUCGAGUAGAGUAAGAUCUUCCUCCUUGUCGUCCAGUAUGAAGCAAAAUGGCGGUAAUACUGGCAACGGAGCUUGCUCUACCAUUAGUCCCACGAAUACACGAUGUAACUCUAGUUCUGGAAUGGCUAAAAGGGUUAAGUCACCCUAUAACCCGAGCGCUAGGUCAUUAAGCACGCGAUCUCUCAUUAAACUCCUUGGGAAAUGAGGUAGGGUAAUACGAUAAUUAAUUAAUAUUACUUGUUCACAGGGUAUUAUUUUCUUACCCUCACCUUGUUUUUUAAUUCAC